AAAGGUGCGAAGCGAAUACAUUACCGCUAAAGAUUUUCACUGUUUUAAAUCGGGUCUUUCAAUCAAUCAGAGUAUCCAUACUGAAUCAAACCAAAAAAACUCUUCAAAGCUCGAAAGGAAGAAGGAAUGGCGAGUUCAUCUCAGCAGGUUGAUGCUCAGUCCCUUCAUCCGCCUGCGCCAGAAGAAGCUGAAUCUCUGCUCUCUUCUCUCGUUUACGAUUUGUCGCAACAAGUUCAGAUGGCAAUGGAGAAUAUGCUUAAGAUGAUAAAUGAAAUUGAUCAAAACUCUUCAGGAAUAAUGGAAGAGGUAGAGAAGUGCAAAGGCUCUGCUCUUGAAAGGAAGAAAAGCUUGGAGGAAGAGAAGGAUCAGUUCCAGAAAGCCGCAUACACUGUUUUGGAAAUGCUGAAUACUAGAGAAUGAAUGGUGUAAGCUCUAUAAUUUCCAUCACCACAUUCCUAUUACUCUUACGGAGAAUCUAAUAACCGAAGAUGGCUUAAUCUUGGGCAUAAAUAAAUGCACCCUAAAGCACAAUGAAUAAAUUUUGAUUGCCUCUGUCA